UUGGGCCAUGCUGUGCCCAUAAAUGUCAAAAUUUCUGUCCAUCUUUAUUCAAAAAUCAUUUGAUUAUUCACGAGCAAAACACUGCGUAUUCACCAUGUCCAAAAGAAGUGGCUUUCAUAGAGCCCCGAAAUUUAAGCCCGAAGUGAAAGUGAUCCAAAAGCCUCCUAGGCCUACUAUAAACAUGUUUAGAACUGAGAAAGUUGAGGUUCUCCCAGAACCUAUAAAAUCCGAGGCUGAUAAAAAGCUUUACAAGACAAUAAGAUUAGAAAAUGGUUUAACAGCUCUGCUGAUAUCGGACCCGACCGGGAUUGAAGUGACAGAAGAAACAUCAAGCGAGGAGGAAAGCAGUAGUUCAGACGACACCAGUGGUCCGGAGAGUGACACGCAAUCUGAGCGCUCCGGGACCAGUGACCAGCAUGGCAAUAAGAGGCGCAAUGACUUCAAUGAAGAGAAACUGGCGGCAUGCGCGCUCUGCGUGGGAGUGGGCAGCUACAGCGACCCGUCAGACAUACAGGGGCUGGCGCACUUCGUGGAGCACAUGGUGUUCAUGGGCAGUGAGAAGUACCCUAAGGAGAACGAGUUCGACGCCUUCAUCAAGAAAAAAGGAGGUUCAGACAACGCGUCAACGGAUUGCGAGGUGACGACAUUCUACUUCGAGAUCCAGGAGAAGCACCUCCCACACGCCAUGGACAUGUUUAGUCAAUUCUUCGUGAGCCCCCUUAUGAUGAAGGAGGCUAUGCAGAGGGAACGAGAGGCCAUACAGUCUGAGUUCGCCAUCGCCGCACCAUCUGACUCCAACCGCAAAGACCAGCUGCUAUCCAGCCUGUUUCCCGAAGGACAUCCAGCUCGGACUUUCACUUGGGGCAACCUCAAGAGUCUCAAGGAUAUGGUCGAGGACGACCAUCUACACGAAGCUGCUCACGAAUUUAGGAGACGACAUUACAGCGCGCAUAGGAUGACGCUUGCGGUGCAGGCUCGAAUGGAUUUAGAUACGCUAGAAAAGUACGUCGUGAACACGUUCGGCCAGAUUCAUUCGAACAAACUUCCGUCAGACGACUUCACCGAUUUCAAGUUCCGACCGGACCUUGUCACGCCCGAGUUCCGGAGCAUUUACUACGUCAAGCCCGUCAGCGAUACUACUGAGGUCCACUUAACAUGGAGUAUGCGGUCACUGAUCUCGGAGUACGAAUCCAAGCCUCACCAGUAUAUCUCGUACCUUCUGGGCCACGAGGGCAAAGGCAGUCUUCUCUCAUAUCUCAGGAAAAAGGUGUGGGCGCUCGGAAUUUACACGGGCAACUCAGAGAGCGGCAUCGACUACACUUCCAUGUACAGCCUGUUCUCUACGCAGGUCGUGCUGACCAAGGACGGGCUGGACCACAUCGACGAGGUUCUAGAAGCAAUUUUCUCAUACAUAAACAUGCUGAAAAAAUUGGGACCAUCGGAAAGAAUUUAUGAUGAAAUAAAGACUAUAGAAGAAACAAGUUUCCGUUUCGAAGAGGAGUCUCAGCCGGCGGACUACGUGGAGUCUCUCGCGGAAAACAUGCACUUCUACCCGCCCGAACACUACAUCACUGGAGACAGGCUUUACUAUAAAUAUGAUCCUAAGGGAAUCCGGGAAGUGCUAGAGUGCAUGAACGCAGACAGCGUCAACAUCAUGAUCCUAUCCAACAAGCACAAGAAGAAGAUCAACUACGACUCCAAGGAGAAGUGGUUUGGCACCGAGUACCGCAGGGAAGAAUUUCCCAAAUCGACUGAAUCCCUCCACUUUACGUGGCUCAAACGCUGGCUCAACGUAGCGCCCUACAGCCAGUUCCACAUCCCGGAUAAGAAUGUCUACCUCACCACAGACUUCUCCCUCGUCCCGCCCCCGCAGCCCUACCUCGACGCCGCUAAGGAACUUGGCGUCGACUUGGCCAACAGCUCUGCCAAGGACAUCUAUAGAAGGACUCAGAAACGAGGCGAAAGAACUGCGAUACUGUCUAAGGAUGAUCUCGUGGCUACUGUUAACAACUUCAGGCUCGACCAACCCAACCUACUUCGUAAGAACAAACACAUGGAAUUGUGGUACAAACCAGACUUCAAGUUCCGCUUCCCGACUGCCCUUUUGUACUUCUAUUUCAUCACGCCACUAAGUCUUAAGUCUCCGAGAGAAGCCUGCCUUUUGGAUUUGUGGACUGAUGUUUUACAACAGGGGCUUAAAGAAGAAGUGUACCCGGCAAACAUGGCAGACCUUUCGCACUCACUAUACGUCUCGGACAAAGGCUUGACGCUCAAAGUUUCUGGAUACAGUCAAAAUUUGCACCUGCUAGUGGAGCUAAUAACCCGCGAGAUGACCCAGACCAGCGAUAUGCUGACGAAGCCUCUAUUCGAGGCGGUGCGCGACGUGCGAGCGCGCGCAUACCACAACGUGCUCAUCAAACCGCACAAGCUCGCUAAAGACGUCCGGAUGAACAUACUACUGGACCCGUAUAUAUCGCCGCGGGACAAAGCAACCAUCGUGCACAACAUCACUUUGAACGAACUCAAGGAUUUCAGCAAGCAGUUGCUCAGUAAACUCUACUUGCAGGUGCUGAUCCAAGGCAACAUGGAGUGGGACAGAGCCAUUCGGAUAUCAGACAAUGUUUUGUCAACCAUCAAAUGGGAAGGACUGGCUGAAAACGAGCUUCCUAAUUUGCAAGUGCACAAGCUGCCACUAGGCGAAAAGAAGAUCCGCGUGAUGAGUCUCAACCCUGAGUCCACCAACAGCAUCGUCACGAACUAUUACCAGGGAGAGGCCACGACUCGUGAAGACACCGCUACGCUCGAGGUUCUCAUGAUGGUAAUGGAGGAGCCGGUUUUCGACGUCCUGCGAACCAAGGAGCAGCUCGGCUACAGUGUAUUCAGUAUGAUGCGGUACACGUUCGGAGUGCUGGGAGUCAGUGUCACCGUCAACACACAGGCCGACAAGUUCAGUGUUUCGCACGUGGACAGUCGGAUAGAGGCGUUCAUGAAGAAAUUCUCGCGCGACGUCCGUCGUCUCAACGAGAAAACCCUCGCAGCCACCAAGAGCUCGUUGGUUCAACUGAAGCAUACGACUGACUACGAACUUAAGGAGGAGGUUGAAAGGAAUUGGAGAGAAAUUGUUAGCAGGGAGUACCAGUUCCAAAGACUGUUUUUAGAGGCGGACGCCAUAGAGAAAAUCAAACUGUCAGAUCUCAGGAGUUGGGUCGAGAACCACUUCUCGACCGGAAACAAGUCGAAAUACAGGAAACUUUCUAUACAGAUCGUCGGCCACAAAUCGGCCACCCCCAACAAUACCACAGCGCCCGCCAGCGCGCCCACAGGCUACGCGCUCCGCAUACUUACUAGCUCCGAGCCAGGAGACAGUGUGGAAAACAUCGCUGACUUCAUAACCGAUGUUCCCGCCUUCAGCAAGGCGUUGCCUUUCAUAUAUGUGCCGCAGGUCGAACUCGCUACCUGUUAGAUCGUACUGUCCAAUCGCAUAUCGCUGACUGUGUGAUUCAACCUCGGUAUACUUAGUGUGUUUUCACAUUAUCCGAUCCGAUAUCGGAUGUAGGACCGAUAUCCCAUACAUUUAGCGCCAUCUUUAAUUUUUGCCUUUGAAACACUUCUGACAUCCGAUAUCACUUAUGUUCGGGCUUACCACUCAAACUCGUAUUAACAGCCCGGCCACGACAUUGGUCUAAGCGCGACAGCGGUGAGCGGCAGCCAUACGUGCGAAUGAAAAGUCCCAUCGCUGUGUCUCGCUCCAAUGUAUGGCCGCCGCUCACCGCUGUCGCGCUUAGACCAAUGUGUGCUGAGCCGUAAUAAUCGCUUUAACACAUCUCGACAAUGGCGAUCAAAUGUAUGCAAGAGGCGCGUUCCUAGCACACAUUCUAAGCUCGUGUAGUUGAACGCGUACCAUACUUGUAUGAGUGAGAUAUGACAGAUCGACUGUUCGCGUUAUUGACAGGCGGAAACUGUGAGGUAACCGAGCGGGGGUGGGCGGCAAUUUCAGCGGGGAGCGGGAGUGGCCAUACUGUACGAUAGUACUCUUUAUUAUACUGUGGCUCUAGUAUGCAGAUUGAUCUGCGAUACGAGAUUGAGUCAUAAGAUGUAACUAUAUGAGUUUGAGUCACACAACCCUCGAUAUAAGUUUCGUUUGCUGAAUGGAAACCAGCAGGUUAUCUGCUUUUGAACAGUUACACACCGUGAGAGUCAAAUUAGUCUCCUCAAAUCUUAUAUAUGUUACAACGUUACAUAAUGUAGUCAAAAACCCGUUUUCUAUUUAAAACUUGUAUUUGGAAAAGACAUUUCAUUUGAUCAAUAUACUUUGUUAUCUGUCGUUCAUUCUCGUUGCAUCGGACGUUUUCGUAUUCGUUUUCACAUUAUCCGAUCCGGUAUCGGAUGUAGGACCGAUAUCCCAUACAUUUAAGCCGCCAUCUUUGAAUUUUACCUUUGAAAUCCUUCCGACAUCCGAUAUCGGAUCGGAUAAUGUGCAAACGCACUGAACCUUAAGCUCUUAUAAACUAGGUACUAAUUUAAAUACUCCAUUGAUAGAAAUUAACAGGCAAUGUCUUUGUGCAAUACGUAAUAAAGAAUUGAAGUAGUUAUUUGAAAUCAAAAAAUUACAUUGUAAUAGAUAGUACCGACUCUAAAAUACUCCAAAAACUUGUAAUCAUCAUAGUUCUAUAAUGCCGACAAUGAAAAAAAAACGAUUUUGUUAGUCUAUUGUUAUUAUUCCAAGAAAAUUACUAUUAUUAGCUAUAAUUUGUUUUAAAUAUUGAACACGUCAAUAUUUAUCAUUGUAAUAUUUUAGUUUCUAAUCAAAAUGUUAUUGACCAAUCUGUAAUGAAAUGGCAUAAGACUUGCUUCAAUGGUGUUCAAUAUUAUGUAGUAACUCUUGUAGUAUAUAUUUUUGACAUCGAUAUUCUAAAACAUAAGGUCUUAUUUGGCUUUUGCAAUAUACACAAGUAUAUAUUAUAUAUCGUAGACAUAUAGGCUAGUUUUUUGUUGUUUAUAUAUUUGCUGGCUUGUUUUUUACUUUGUAAAAAAAUAUUAGUAUAAUGCUAUGUAUAUAAAAUGUUUUAUAAAAAUAGCAAAUAUGGGCUACAAUACUGUGGCAGUGCAGGAAACUUAAUGUAAAUAAGUUUUGUAUUUAAAUAUAAUUAUUGCAAAUGAUGAUGUGGAACAAAUAAAACUCGUUUUGUUCGA